AUGGAAAGCUCAGCCCUAACGGUGCUCAAGAAGUUGCCAGACCUUGGCAAAUCGACGGCGCUUGCCAAAAUGGAACGAGACCUUCGCGACCUUGGGCUGAAGGCGACUAGGGUUGCCCCAGACCAAAAGGAUUACCCAAGGUGCAUCAACCCAGACGACUACCAUGUGGCAACGCAGCUGACCAACAAAGAGACGUGGUGGUUGGCGACUACUACGGAAGCCUUUGAGUCCAUGGCAAAAGACGCCAACGGAGGUGUUCUCAACAUCCCAGAGGGCGUUUAUAUGCCAGUGUGGGACAAAGCGUUGCUGAGCACGUCCCCACGACACGCAACAGAGACCUUGUUCUACCAUGUGACAGAAACCCAUGUCCUCACGCUCACCAGGACCAAGGUCCUUGGAGGCGUGGAGAUCUUCAACCGGUCUUUCCAGAGACCGCAGUUGCCAGUUCAAAGCGGCAGCGCAAUGCGGCUGACGCCAAGUGAGAUGAGCUCCUUUCAGGAAUUGCCUUUCUACCCGGCAAAGAUGCAAGAACGGCUUCGCAAAGCCUUGGCAGAAUGGGUCAACAGUUACACCAUGGAUGACUGGACUGAGUGGGUGACGAGUGUGAACACUCACCGGACCAGCGUGCAGGAGAUCACUUGUGAGAACGACAACGUGGACGAAGAGACUUGGCCAACGGACUGGCGCAUCGAUACGGUGGGCGUGCUGGGCAUGGAUCUGGUCGACAACAAGCUCUUGGUCUUUCACCAAGGUGGCUUUGUGCAAGUGCAAGAUAUGUCCAGUGGACGGCUUUGCAGCACCUUUGCUUUGGAUAGCAGCGGCGCGGUGAUUGGUGGAGGCUGCGGCAAUGUGGAUUACUCCUCCAUCCUGGUUCUGGUGAAGAAGGGCCAUGGCACGGCAUUGAUGCGUGCCACCUUGCCGUCCUUGAAAGAUUGCAACGCGGCCACCUCUAAGAGCUUUAUCAACACGGCUGUGGUAAGAGCCAGCGCUUAA